UAGAGAGAGAGAGAGAGAGAGAGAGAGGGAGGGAGAGGAGGAGAAGCCAUCGCUCUCCAUGGAAGUCCACAUUAGCAAAUAGCUACCUUGGGACCCGUCAGAGCUCUUGGUUUAGCCUUAUCGCUUGCCUUCAACCUCCUCCACUCUCGCAACCAUCCAAGCUCUCAGUUUUUUCUCUUUGGGGUUGAUGCGGAGGAGAGCUAGAGGAUUGAGCUUUUUGUUUUUGUUUUUGUUUUUGUCAUUGGGAACUGAGUUCUGGAUGUAGAUGUGGUCUGGAAGUUGGUGGUUUUGUUAUGGGGAUCUGUUCUAUGUUGGAAAGUUGAGAGCUUUUUGGUUUCUGGAUCUUGGGUUUUUUGUUUUCUUUUUCGCAUCUGUGUUUGAAGGAGAAAUAGAUAGCUUUGGCCAUUAGGAAGUUGUUUUUGAGGUUGAGGUUGAGAAACAGAAAGGUUUUAUUUGGGGGAGUUGAGGUAUUUGUUCUGGAGAUUGUUCUGUUUUUUGCUUUUCAGCAUUGGCAUUAGUUAGAGAUUCUGGAAUUGCGAUCCUUUUAGGGAUUUGGAGUUUCGGGAGGAUUGGUUCUGUGUUUAAUUUAGGUUUAUUUGGGGGUUUGGAACUGCGAAUUGGAGGCAGUGAUGGCUUCGGCACCGAUUGAUGAGGAGAGCUGCAAAGGGAGUAUGUGGGUGUUGGAUCAGAAGCUUGAUCAACCCAUGGAUGAGGAGGCCGGUCGUCUCAAGAACAUGUACAGAGAGAGGAAAGUUUCAUAUAUGUUAAUUUUGCGGCUAGCAUUCCAGAGUCUUGGGGUGGUGUUCGGAGACUUGGGUACAUCACCGUUGUAUGUGUUCUAUAAUACAUUUCCGCAUGGGGUGGAUGAUAAGGAGGAUGUUAUUGGAGCUCUUUCUAUGAUUAUAUACACUCUUACUAUGAUUCCUCUCCUCAAAUAUGUGUUCAUUGUGUUGCGAGCUAAUGAUAAUGGACAAGGUGGCACAUUUGCACUUUACUCCCUACUAUGCCGUCAUGCAAAAGUCAAUACCAUUCCUAACCAGCAUCGAACAGAUGAAGAGCUCACUACAUACAGUCGUGAGCCAUAUGACGAAAACUCACUUGCUGCAAAGAUCAAGAGAUGGAUAGAGGCCCAUUCAUACAAGAAGAAUGCCCUUCUUAUUCUUGUCCUUAUCGGCACAUGCAUGGCAAUUGGGGAUGGGAUUCUCACUCCUGCUAUAUCAGUUCUAUCAGCGUCAGGUGGGAUUAGAGUGGAUCACCCUCAAAUGAGUAAUGAUGUGGUUAUAGUUGUUGCUGUGGUAAUACUGGUUGGAUUAUUUAGCUUGCAACAUUAUGGAACGGAUAAAGUAGGAUGGCUUUUUGCUCCUGUUGUUCUUCUCUGGUUUAUACUAAUAGGAUCCAUUGGUGCUCUGAACAUAUGGAGGUAUGAUAGUUCCGUUCUCAAGGCUUACUCUCCAGUCUUUAUAUACCGAUAUCUCAAAAAAGGACAUUGGGCUUCCCUUGGAGGAAUUAUGCUUAGCAUCACAGGGACAGAAGCAUUAUUUGCAGAUCUGUGUCAUUUCCCCGUCUUAGCUGUUCAGAUCGCAUUUACUAGUAUUGUCUUCCCCUGCCUUCUUUUGGCAUAUACCGGGCAAGCUGCUUACAUUUUGGAUAACCAAGGGCAUGUGUUUGAUGCUUUCUACCGUUCCAUUCCUCAUGCUGUCUACUGGCCGGUUUUUAUUAUUGCCACAUUGGCAGCUAUAAUUGCUAGUCAAGCUACCAUAUCUGCAACAUUUUCAAUAAUAAAACAGGCGCUGGCACUUGGUUGUUUUCCUCGGGUGAAUGUUGUUCACACAUCAAAGAAAUUUCUUGGUCAGAUAUAUAUUCCAGACAUCAAUUGGAUUCUCAUGAUACUCUGCAUUGCUGUUACUGCCGGAUUCAAAAACCAGAGUCAAAUCGGAAAUGCAUAUGGAACUGCGGUGGUGAUAGUCAUGCUAGUGACAACACUGCUGAUGAUACCUAUAAUGCUGUUAGUAUGGAGGAGCCACUGGUUACUUGUCGUUAUCUUUACUGCCUUAUCUCUGUUUGUGGAGCUGACAUAUUUCUCGGCCGUGCUCUUCAAGGUAGAUCAAGGUGGCUGGGUUCCUCUUGUCAUUGCUGGCACCUUCCUGAUUAUCAUGUAUGUGUGGCACUAUGGUACUGUGAAGCGCUAUGAGUUUGAGAUGCACAGCAAAGUCUCAAUGGCCUGGAUCCUCGGCCUUGGCCCCAGCCUUGGCCUGGUUCGGGUGCCUGGUAUAGGUUUUGUAUAUACUGAACUGGCUUCUGGUGUACCCCACAUCUUCUCGCAUUUCAUCACCAACCUCCCCGCCAUCCACUCUGUUGUUGUCUUUGUGUGUGUGAAGUACCUUCCGGUUUAUACUGUUCCUGUGGAUGAAAGGUUUCUAGUGAAAAGGAUUGGACCGAAAAAUUUCCAUAUGUUCCGUUGCGUUGCAAGGUAUGGGUACAAAGACCUUCAUAAGAAAGAUGAGGACUUUGAGAAGAUGCUCUUUGACAGUCUCUUGCUUUUUGUCCGAUUGGAAACAAUGAUGGAUGGGUACACUGAUUCGGAAGAGUAUAGUCUCGGUGGACAACAGACUGAGAGAUCCAUUGAUUUGCUUCUGACCGACAAUGGUGAUUCACUUUCAUCGGUCCCGGAAGACUACACAAACCAAUCCACCUGUGAUUCUAUUGUGCCUGUGAAGGUUCUCGGAAGAGGACAAAGUCUGGUAAGGUCAUCUGGGCAGACAAGCCAGAGCACUGGGGAUGAAUUGGAGUUCUUGAACAGGUGCAAGGAAGCUGGGGUGGUGCACAUACUUGGGAACACCAUUGUAAGGGCAAGAAGAGACUCUACUUUGAUUAAAAGGAUUGCAGUUGAUUACAUUUAUGCAUUUCUCAGAAGAAUUUGUAGGGAGAACAGUGUGAUUUUCCAUCUCCCUCAUGAGAGUUUGCUGAAUGUGGGUCAAAUUUUCUAUGUAUAGUCCCAUUCAAUCAAUAAGACAUUUUCAUGUGUUUCUCUGCA